AUGGUGCCCGCCCUGCUGCUCUUCUUCUUCUCCACCCUGCGCACCGUGCUGCUGUCCAUGGGCGGCGGCGGCGGGGACAACGCGCAGUCCAAGCGGGAGGUGCGCAUCGAGGGCGACCUGGUCCUGGGGGGGCUGUUCCCGGUGCAUGAGAAGGGGGCCGGGAUGGAGGAGUGCGGGCGCGUCAACGAGGCCCGGGGCAUUCAGCGGCUGGAGGCCAUGUUGUUCGCCAUCGACCGCAUCAACCAGGACCCAUCGCUGCUGCCGGGGGUGACGCUGGGGGUGCACGUCCUGGACACCUGCUCGCGGGACACCUACGCUCUGGAGCAGGCCCUGGAGUUUGUGCGGGCAUCGCUGACCAAAGUGGACGACACAGAGUUCAUUUGUCCAGACGGCUCAUACGCGCUGCAAGACGACAGCCCCCUGGCCAUCGCGGGGGUCAUCGGGGGCUCCUUCAGCAGCGUGUCCAUACAGGUGGCCAAUCUCUUGCGGCUCUUCCAGAUCCCCCAGAUCAGCUACGCCUCCACCAGCGCCAAGCUCAGCGACAAAACCCGUUACGACUACUUCGCCCGCACCGUACCGCCGGACUUCUACCAGGCCAAGGCCAUGGCCGAGAUCCUGCGGCACUUCAACUGGACGUAUGUGUCGACGGUGGCUUCCGAGGGCGACUACGGCGAGACCGGCAUCGAGGCCUUUGAACACGAGGCACGCAUGAGGAACAUCUGCAUCGCCACGUCCGAGAAGGUGGGGCGCUCCAACGCUAAGAAGUCGUACGAGUCGGUGAUUCGACAGCUGCUGCAGAAGCCCAAUGCGCGCGUGGCCGUGCUCUUCCUGCGCAGUGACGACGCCCGCGAGCUCCUGGCCGCCGCCGCGCGCCUCAACGCCUCCUUUGUCUGGGUGGCGAGCGACGGCUGGGGUGCGCAAGAGAGCAUCGUCAAGGGCAACGAGAUUUCCGCAGAAGGGGCCAUUACGCUAGAGCUGGCUGCCAACCACGUGCCCGCUUUCAACCAGUACUUUCUCCAACUGAGCCCGCACCGCAACCACAGGAAUCCCUGGUUUAAGGAGUUCUGGGAGCAGCGGUUCCAGUGCUCCUUGGCGGGCGAGAAGCACUUGCCUCCAUGCGGUAAAGACCUGGCCAUAGACAAGAACACGUUUGAACCCGAGUCCAAGAUCAUGUUUGUGGUGAACGCGGUGUACGUCAUGGCUCAUGCUCUCCACCACAUGCACCGGAGCCUGUGCCAGAACUCCAGCCACCUGUGCGACGCCAUGAAGGCCCUGGACGGACGCCGACUCUACCGCGAGUUCAUCCUCAACGUCAGCUUCCCAGCCCCCUUCUCUCCCCCGGGCAGCGAGACCGUGGUCAAGUUUGACUCUCAGGGCGACGGUGUGGGGCGCUACAACAUCUUCAGCUACCAGCGGCUAGCCGACCGCUACGGCUACGUGCCCGUGGGGGAGUGGGCCGAGAGCCUCAGCCUGAGCUCCCAUCUGGUGCAGUGGCCCCGCGAUGCUCUGCCCACGUCCCAGUGCAGCGACCCGUGUGCGCGCAACGAGAUGAAGAAGAUGCAGGCAGGGGAGUACUGCUGCUGGAUCUGCACCGCCUGUGAGGCCCAUGAGUACCUGCUGGACGAGUUCACCUGCUCCCCAUGCACCCCGGGACAGUGGCCCACAGACGACCUGAGCGCCUGCUACGACUUACCCGAAGACUACAUCCUGUGGGAGGAGGCCUGGGCCAUCGGACCAAUCACGGUCGCAUGUGUGGGGUUCAUGUGCACGGGGCUGGUGGUGUGGGUGUUUGCGCGCCACAACGACACUCCGCUGGUGAAGGCGUCCGGUCGGGAGUUGUGUUACAUCCUGCUGUCCGGGGUCUUCAUGUCGUACGGCCUGACCUUCCUGUUCUUGGCCAAACCGUGUCCGGCCGUGUGCGCUCUGCGACGCAUGGGCCUGGGCACCUCCUUCGCUGUCUGCUAUUCCGCACUGCUCACCAAGACCAACCGCAUCUCGCGCAUCUUCAACGGCGUCAAGGAGGGCGCGGGACCGGCCCGGCCACGCUUCAUCAGCCCCUCCUCUCAGGUGUUCAUCUGCCUCAGCCUGAUCUCGGUGCAGCUGCUCCUGGUGUCGGUUUGGCUGCUGCUGGAGGUCCCAGGCACACGGCGCUUCACUCUGCCCGAGAGGAGGCAGACGGUCAUCCUCAAGUGUAACGUCCGCGACUCCAGUAUGCUGCUGAGCCUGGUGUACGACGUGCUGCUGGUGGUCCUCUGCACAUGUUCUUUUGGGUCCAGUUGA